CGGCCGUGUCAGCGUUUUAGGACUGCGGAACGACCAAUCUUCGUCCCAAUUCCCAACUGUCGAAUGCACGGAUCCAGCAUCGAGAGUUUUGCUUAUUCUUUCUCUGUAUUUUUCCCCAAUUCUUCCAUUUCCACUCUAGGGUUUUCCUUCUCGGCUUUUACUCACUCACUUUCCGGUGCAGCAAUCUCAUCGUGAUCAAGCCCAAGGUACAUCAAAUUCCUCGGCCUUAAACUCCAAAUACUGAAUUUCUGAUAAUCGAAUUUCAACUAUACUAUUUUGUGUCAUUUCAUCAAAUCUUUUUGAUCCCAAUUAUUCCAAUUUUCGUAAUUCGCGUGCUCGCCCUCGCCCUUGCAAAACUCAGAAACACAAACAACAAAGGUUCCCAUUACAUUUACAGCAGCAGCAGCAGCAGCAAAUCUUCUUCUUCGAUUUCGCUGCUCUUGUCUAAGAAUCUGGUAAAGUUGUCGUCUUUGAUCUCGGAAUAAUACUUUCGGUUCACGCCCUAAUUCGCACAAAUGAAAUCAGGAAUUGAGGGUAGAGUUCUGAGUUUCAUAGAAACCCCCAAGAAAGUAUCGUAACCUUCGAUUGCUCUCAUUCUUGUCCCUGUGUUCCUGAGCUUUAAAAGGUUUGUUGCGUGAAUUUUUAGGAGUUGGGUUUUCGUCACAAGCAGGAUGAAUUACUUAAUUGGAGCUUUCAAACCAUCUUGCAACAUUUCAAUCACAUUUUCUGACGCAAAAACUCGCAAGCAGGUUCCAUUCAAGAAGGAAAAUGGUCAAACAGUGAUGCUCCCAUUAUUUCAAAGUCAAGAAAACAUUUCUGGCAAGGUCUCUGUUGAGCCCGUUCCAGGAAAGAAGGUCGAACACAAUGGUAUAAAAGUUGAGCUCCUUGGUCAGAUAGAGAUGUACUUUGACAGAGGCAACUUUUACGACUUUACUUCCCUUGUUCGUGAACUGGAUAUUCCUGGAGAAAUAUAUGAAAGGAAAACAUUCCCAUUUGAAUUUUCUACGGUUGAAAUGCCAUAUGAGACAUACAAUGGGGCGAAUGUUAGGCUAAGGUAUGUGUUGAAAGUGACCAUCAGCCGUGGUUAUGCUGGCAGCAUAGUGGAAUACCAGGAUUUUGUGGUUCGUAACUACUCUCCACCUCCAUCAAUUAACAAUAGCAUCAAGAUGGAAGUUGGAAUUGAAGAUUGCCUGCACAUUGAGUUUGAGUACAACAAAAGCAAGUAUCAUCUGAAAGACGUUAUUGUUGGGAAGAUAUAUUUUCUCCUUGUAAGAAUCAAGAUAAAAAAUAUGGAUCUGGAGAUUCGACGUCGAGAAUCGACAGGAUCAGGGGCCAAUACCCAUGUUGAAACUGAGACGCUCGCCAAGUUCGAAUUGAUGGAUGGUGCUCCAGUCAGAGGUGAAUCAAUUCCAAUCAGACUCUUUCUUAGUCCGUAUGAACUGACACCAACACAUAAAAAUAUCAAUAACAAAUUCAGUGUGAAGUACUAUCUGAAUCUUGUUCUGGUUGACGAAGAGGACCGACGAUAUUUUAAGCAGCAGGAGGUCACAAUAUAUAGGCUUGAAGAAAAUUCAUCAGCAUCAUCUUAAAUGCUAGCGGCAUUGGAGUUGUCACACCUUGUAAAGCCUUUGCCUUGAACUUUUAGAACAUAUUUUGCUGGUGCGAGCGUCCAGUUUGUUUAGGAGGGCCUACCAUGGCUUAUCCUUCCUGUCGACUCAAAGCUUUUCAUAAUGGUCAAACUUAUGUAGAUGGGGGCGAUGCACAGAGGCAGCAACAGAUCUCGCCGAUUUGAUUUGAUUUUAUGUUAAUUUCUGAACUAAUAUUCACCAUGAAAAUAGGAAGAAGGUUCUGUUCUUUUGUUUCUUUUUUUACACUGGUCUUGCAUUAUUCAUGCUGUUCCGUGUUUUGAAAGAAACAAAGUGUUUAAACAACGAGGAGACACACUUGUGUAGUGUUAGUGGUGGUUUCUUCUGGGAAUGUCUUGUUUACUGUUGUCUGUCUCAUCAUUAACUUACUGCCCUUAUAUAUCGCCUUUGUUAUGCAGUUGUUUUGGAUACUUGAAAUCUUGAAUUCAAUGUUGUUUUGCUGAUUGGUCAGGGGAAAAA